AUGGCCGCCAAGCUCAAGCUUGCAACCAACGGCGGCUUCAUGCUACGCAAGAGUGCACCUGCAGCAAAAGUCAAAAGGACUUAUGAAUCCUGGUAUUUUGAUGCCCUCCACGAACGGUGUUGGGGAGCGAUAUCAAGCCAAAAAAUUUUCAGCCACAUGUCUACUCCGCACUCUAGCCCCUCCAUUCGUUUCGGCCUCAAAAUGAGAGGGGUCAAACAAAACUCCUCCCUCCCCCUGUCCUCAGCAUUUGGCAACGAAGGAAUCCUGCUCCGUGACUCGACCCUCAGCUUCACAUAUAACAUCCGUGAAGUGUCUCAACUCCGUUUCAAACGUGGGACGAGUACAGAGUAUACGCUGUAA